AUGCAUAAUCCAGUCAUAUUCUCAGACCACGAAAUUGAAACUCAUUCCUCGAUUGAUACAUAUCAUACUUUAAGAACUAACAAUUCUAAUACCACCACAACUACAAAUUCAUUUAAUCAACAAUCUGUGACCUCAACAAGUUCCACCGAUGAUGUGAAUAAUAAUUUGUUAAAGAAUAGAUAUGAAGUUUUGGAAAAGAUUGGAUCGGGAUCGUUUGGAGAUUGUUUCCUGUGUAAGGAUACCAAGAGCUCUAAUCGAUUGGUUGCCAUCAAGUGCAUUCGAGUUUCGGAUAAUGAAAUGGAAAAGGCAAUUGAUGAAUGUUCAAAGACUCUCUCAUUCAAACAUCCUAGAUUGGUUGAAGUUUAUGAGUUGUUUGUUUCCAAGAGGCUCAAUAAUGCUCUUUGUUUGGUAAUGAAAUAUUAUAAGGGAGAUUUGGACAAGUGUUUGAAAAUUAAUGGAAUAUUCUCGGAGAAACUCAUGAUUAGUGUAAUUAAUCAAAUUGGAGAUGGUUUGUCAUAUCUUCACAUUAAUAGGAAUGUUCUCCAUAGAGAUUUGAAACCAAAGAACAUUUUUGUUGACAGCUUCGAUCCUUUCAUCGAUAGUAUAGAGCUAGUUAUUGGAGAUUAUGGAGAGGCUAAGGAAAUUAGUAAUGAAAACAAUUCUGUAAAGGGAACAGUUGCAUUCAUGUCUCCUGAAUGUCUUUCAAAUGAAAAUUAUGGAAUGCCAUCUGACAUUUUCUCUCUCGGUGUUUCAUUUUACCAACUCAUGACCAAUGAUUCACUCCAAUACAUAAUAGCCACCCACCUCCUCUCAGAACAUGAAGAUCAAGUCCUCUCUCAACUCUACUCUCAAAUCAAACGACAAUCCAUUCCAUAUUCAGAAUCACUCAUUCAAUUCGUGCUUUCCAUGUUAAAGAAGGAUCCAUCUCAAAGACCAACCAGUUCACAAUUAAGAGAUUUUCAAAUGAUAACUCUGUCUCAAUAG